GACUGCCGCCGGCCGCCCCCCUGCAGCCGCGGCAGGGUCUCGGGCGAGGGGCCGGCUCGGCUGCGCCGCUGGAAAGCAUUUGGUGCUUCUCGUUCGGGGCGGCGGUGAUAACGCUUCCGGCGCUUCCUGCCCCGGCUGUUCCUCCUGUGCAGAGAUGGAGGCUUUCACCUUGGAAUUACUGCCUGCAGCUCAUGCUUUAUGUGUUGGAUCUUUAUCUUUGGAGGGGUUUUGAGAAUACUUGUUGUCUAGAGACCUUGCUUGGAAAGCAGACUUGGACUAAAGUAGCAUUAAGAAAUGUACCUUUAAAACCGGGAAGGAGUCUUAUGGAUUGGAUUCGGCUAACUAAAAGUGGGAAGGACUUGACUGGUUUGAAGGGGAGGCUGAUUGAAGUUACUGAAGAUGAGCUCUCUAAACACAACAAAAAGGAGGACUGCUGGAUAUGUAUAAGAGGAUUUGUAUAUAAUGUCACACCAUACAUGGAAUACCAUCCGGGUGGUGAGGAUGAACUAAUGAAAGCAGCAGGAACUGAUGGCACAGAUCUCUUUGAUCAGGUUCAUCGUUGGGUCAAUUACGAAUCAAUGCUGAAAGAAUGUCUUGUUGGGAGGAUGGCUGUCAAGCCCAUUGCUGCUCUGAAAGAGAUUUCUUCUGCUGUAUCUGAAGACAAGAAACAGCUUAAUGGUGUGCUUCCUGAGAAGAGAGUACUGGCUUCUUCUGCUAAAGAUUUAAGUCCGAGUUACGACUGGUUCCAAACAGAUAGUUUGAUCACAAUUGUCAUAUAUACUAAGCAGAAGGACAUGAAUGCAGACUUGGUUAUAGUUGACUGUCAAGACAAGCAAUUAAGAGUAGAAAUCAUCAUGGAUGACCACUCAUAUCUUGUAGAAGUUGACUUGGACCAUGCAGUUUCAGAAGAUGUGGCUGUAAAUAUUGCUGAAAAAGUAGGGAAAGUAGAGAUUAUCUUAAAUAAAAAGGAUAACAUUCAAUGGAAAAUGCUGGGACAGCCCCGUGAGGGUCAUAAUACUUUUAUCAAACGCACAGACAGAGGACUGUUCUACAGAAAAUGCAAGUUGGUUUCUAAGACAGAAGUUACCCAUGACACCAAACUCUUCUGCCUAAUGUUGCCUAAGGGAACACAUCUCCGUGUUCCUACUGGACAACAUAUUUACCUCAAGCACAUCAUUGCAGGGACAGAGGUAGUAAAACCAUACACACCUGUGUUGCCUUUUUUGCCACUGGAUUUCCAAGAACCACCUUGCCAUGAUGGUGUGCAUCUAUAUUUAAUGAUUAAAAUUUAUUCCCAUGGACUGUUCACACAGGCACUUGACCACCUACAAAUUGGAGACUGUAUUUCUGUCAGCAAUCCUGAAGGCAACUUCAAGAAGUCACAAGUUCAAACUUCAGAAGAUCUCCUUUUAUUGGCAGGGGGAACAGGUUUCACACCAAUGGUUAAGCUGCUGAAUUUUGCUCUGACUGAAGUUAGCUGUCUCAGGACAGUGAAACUGAUCUUCUUCAACAAAACUGAGGAUGACAUACUCUGGAGAAACCAGCUAGAGCAAUUAGCUCUUAAAGAUGAAAGCAGGUUUGAGGUUCAAUUCAUUCUUUCACAACCAUCAGAAGAUUGGGUAGGUAAACAGGGGAAGAUUUCUCCAUCUCUUCUAUCUGAGUUUGUGAAAAGAAGUAGAAGAGACUCCAAAGUGCUUAUCUGCAUCUGUGGUCCAACACCUUUUACAGAACAAGGAGUACAAUAUCUGAAGGACCUUGGAUACUCCCAAGAAGAGAUACAUGCUUUUACUGCAUAAACCCAUAGGAGGAUAUCAUUGUUUGUAUAAUUCAGUGUUAUUUAUUUGUCUUCAUGAAUUUAAAUACGUGAGAAAUGAUUUUGUAAGACUUGAAAUUUCACUCUUGGUACCAAACUGUUUCUUGGAAGAAGCAUAUCUUGGAAAAGAAGUUUUAUACUGUGUUUUAUCUUCUUUUUGUAAAUAUUUUUGCUAAUAUUUAAGUCGCCCAGGGUAUUAAUUUAUUGUAGAGGCAAGCAAAAAAGUGUAGUAUACAUUAUGUCCGAUGUUUAAUGUUGCUGGUUCAUGAGAAUUCUGAAAUUUGCAACAAGCUCUGAUAAAGGUUUUGACUUGAUAAAACUUAUUAUUUCUUACUGUAAAAGUCCAAAGAGCAAUACUGUCUGAAAUUAAAUACUGCACUGUAACUCAGGUAAUCAGUCAUUGAAAAAUUUUCCUUUUCAUCUGAUGUCUGUAUUUGACUUGCAAGUGAUCCAGAUACAUUUCUGGCUUUGUAAACAAAGAAGAAAAGUACCUUUGGUAAAACAUAAAAUUUACAUCAAAUAAUAAAAAAUAAUAAUUUUACAUUA